AUGGUUUUUUCUUUUGACCUUGGAGUCAUCUUACAACGAGACACAAGAAGAACGAAGAGGAGAUCGAAGGUAAUAAGAAGAAGAAGACGUAGAGACAUAUCUAAGGGCCAUGAACCGUCACUGGAGAUUCCUUUAGAUCUCGUGAUAGAGAUUUUCAGGAGACUCCCUCACAAAUCUCUAACGAGGUUCAAAUUAGUCUCCAAGCUCUGGUCAUCCAUUGUUUGUUCCAAAUAUCUUACCGACCUUUCAUCAUCGCCACGUAUAUACAUGUGGUUGGGCUUCGACGAAGAAAAUAUAUUAGUAUCAUCGUCACCGUCUUCUCCUGACUUGGACGGUUCCUUUGUAAUUGACCAAGAUUUGACAAUCUCAGCGAUGAAAGGCUACUCGGUAUCUCACGUUUAUCGCGGGUUGAUGUGCUUUACAAAUGGCACAAAUGCACAAAUUUUUAACACGACCACUAGGCAACUUGUUGUCUUGCCUGAGAUAGAAGAAUCCAACAUUAUAGCUGAAGAGUACAAGUUUAGGAAGGUCAUAUACCGUAUCGGACACGACCCUGUUCAUGAUCAAUAUAAAGUGGUUUGCAUAGUUUCAACACACAAUGUUCGAAGGAUGGAGCAUUGGGUCUUCACACUAGGAGGAGGUGUGUCUAGACAAUGGAGAAAGAUACCAAGUCCAUGUCCACAACAUAGUCCUUUCACACAAGGAUUGACAAUGAAUGGGCGUAUGUAUUACCUAGGUUUGGUUCCUGAUUUGCUUUCUCCUGUGUUUGUGAGAUUCGAUAUUAGUUCUGAAGAAAUCAGCGUGCUCCAAAAUGUUGAAGAUGCCUUUUGGUGUCGGUAUUAUUAUACUGAGAUUAUAGAAUACGAUGGAAGACUAGCUAUUUUAGACUAUUCCGAUCUUGUAAAAGACGGUGUGAUGGAACUAUGGGUGAGGGAAGAUGAAGAGAAGAAUAGUUGGUCAAGGAAGACUUUGGUGUUGCAUCCUUCUCAUAUGAAUAUGGUCAAAACGCAUAUAGUCCAUAAUAUGAGUUUGAGGGUACAAGGUACAACUAGAAACUGUGACGUUAUCUUGGUUCCUCAACAUAUUACUAGACCCGACGACCAGUUUAUCGUUUUACCUCAAGUUACAACUCAUUUCUACGUGUUUCUUUACAAUCUACAAAAGAACCAUUUGAGAAAAGUUUACAUAAAAUCCAACCGCUACAACACCAAAAGAUGGGACGUUGUUGGAUUUGACGACAUUGAGAACUUCAUGUCUCUCUAA